CCCUUGCUAAUACUCAUUUAUUAAAAAAUAUCUCUUCCACCCCAACGGUUCACAUUCCCAACGUGCAAAGACUAAUUAACCACAGUAAUGGGUUGUUUGUGUUUUAUUAAAAAGGACAAAAUCAAGGGAAAGGUGAACAGAGACAACGAGGUUUGCACGUCGGAUGGAGCUAUUGAUAGCCAUGGUCAUCCUGCAGUUCGAAAAAGAACUGGGACUUGGACUACUGGAAUUUUGAUUUUAGUAAACCAAGGGCUUGCUACUUUGGCAUUCUUUGGAGUUGGAGUGAAUUUGGUGUUGUUUUUGACGAGAGUGAUGGGUCAAGACAAUGCUGAAGCAGCCAACAAUGUGAGCAAGUGGACAGGGACAGUUUACCUCUUCUCUCUUCUUGGAGCCUUCCUUAGUGACUCUUACUGGGGAAGGUACAUGACCUGUGCCAUCUUCCAGGUCAUAUUUGUUAUUGGUUUGGUUUCAUUAUCAUUGUCAUCUCACAUAUCCCUAUUGAAGCCGAGUGGUUGUGGCGAUAAAGAAUUACAAUGUGGAUCACACUCAUCAUCCCAAACGGCUUUGUUCUAUCUUUCCAUAUACCUAGUAGCUUUGGGAAAUGGAGGAUACCAACCUAACAUAGCCACAUUUGGUAGUGAUCAAUUUGAUGAAGGGGACCCUAAGGAACGACUUUCGAAAGUAGCAUUUUUUAGCUACUUUUAUUUGGCUUUGAAUCUUGGCUCACUCUUCUCAAACACCAUAUUGGAUUAUUUUGAGGAUAAGGGACAAUGGACUUUGGGAUUUUGGGCAUCAGCUGGUUCUGCUGCUAUUGCAUUGAUUUUGUUCCUUUGUGGCACACGAAGGUAUAGAUACUUUAAGCCUGUUGGAAAUCCUCUACCUAGAGUUGGCCAAGUUUUUGUUGCAGCCGGAAAAAAAUGGAAAGUCAAGGUACUAAGUGAAGAAAACCUUUAUGAGGAUGAAGAGUCCUCUCCCAGUGGAAGGAGAAAAAUGCUCCACACCGAAGGAUUUAGGUUCUUAGAUAAAGCAGCAUUUAUCACAUCAAAAGAUUUGGAGCAGCUAGAAGAGAAUAAACGCAAUCCAUGGUGUCUAUCCACUGUGACACAAGUAGAAGAAGUGAAGUGCAUUCUAAGACUACUCCCAAUUUGGCUAUGCACCAUAAUGUACUCAGUUGUUUUUGCUCAAAUGGCAUCACUCUUUGUGGUGCAAGGUGAUGCUAUGGCCACUGGAAUUUCAAGUUUCAAAAUCCCUCCAGCAAGCAUGUCCAGCUUCGACAUUUUAGGCGUGGCAUUCUUCAUCUUCAUCUAUAGGCACGCCCUCGACCCUUUUGUGGCCAAAGUAAUGAAAUCCAAACUCACAGAGCUUCAAAGGAUGGGAAUUGGUCUAGUCCUUGCAAUCAUGGCCAUGGUCUCAGCAGGGUUGGUAGAGAAAUUCCGGCUGAAGUAUGCAAUAAAAGAUUGUAACCAAUGUGAUGGGUCAAGUUCACUUUCAAUUUUCUGGCAAGUGCCACAAUAUGUGCUCACAGGAGCAUCAGAGGUUUUCAUGUAUGUGCCUCAAUUGGAGUUCUUCAAUGCACAAACACCUGAUGGAUUGAAAAGCUUUGGCAGUGCACUUUGCAUGACAUCAAUAUCACUAGGAAACUAUGUGAGUAGUUUGCUUGUUGCAAUUGUGAUGAAAAUCUCCACCAAAGGUGACAUACCUGGGUGGAUACCAGGGAACCUAAACUUGGGACAUUUGGACAGGUUCUACUUCCUCUUAGCAGCACUAACAACAGCUGAUCUUGUGGUCUAUGUUGCAUUGGCUAAGUGGUAUAAGUCUAUCCAGUUUGAAGAAAACGCUGAAGAAGACAUCAAAAAGGAAAAUCAUGAGGUUAUGGUGUAGAGAGAUAUGUAUUACAAGAUAAAUCAAUUGAAGUCCUGUUUUAAUAAUGGAGAAAUCUAUUAUGCAUUUCUCUUGUUGAAGCAGAAGAACUAGAGAUUGUAUUCGAUUAUGUAUUUCAAAUAAUACAAUUAUAUUUGAUAUUAAAAAUAUUUUGUUUUGGUGCAUACACUUCAUCAAGAUUAUUAUCAAGUAGUGGAAAUUCUGAAUAUUACCAAGUGUA